AUUUGUAUCAGCGCAUAAGCAUCCCUACUAGCCCACAACAAACUCUGAACACACCACAAAACUCGGAGAUCAUGCCUGUGAGGCUACACCACUCCCGCCUGUCGCUGAUAAAUACUACGCCACAUUUACGGGCCCCUCAAACAAGCAGUGCCACAAAUCCAAGCACAAGACCUGCCACUGCUGCUCCCACUGGAUUCACUUUAGCGAUGUGGAACGCGGUACCGGCCUUUAAACCUGGAAGGGGAUCAGAGGUCGUGGCUACAUCUGCGGUUGUGGCGGUCGUAGUAGCAUCGAGGGUCCCAGACGCCACGCCUGAGCCACUAGCAGCAGUUGCGCUGAUUGAGGAAGAGUCAAUCGAAACCGUCAACGCUCCGACUGAGAUUCCGGCUUCCUCGCAAUAUGACUCGUAGUUUAUCAGUGUAAUUCAGGCGAGGGAAGUGAGUGUAAUACCGAAAUGAAGGGAAGACGGGAAGGACGAGAAUAUGUCAGACUGACUGAUGAGAUAAUCUUGCGCGAGCUCUAGGUUAGCAGAAGUAGGGUUGAGAGACACAACGCAGUCGACGCAAUUGACGAGGUCGGAGGCAACUUCAGAAGUACAACCGCAGGAGAUUGUGGUGCAAUCGUUGAUGGUCGUUAUUGGGGUCGUACAGGUCGAUUUGCAUGAAGAUGGGAUGUCGUCGGGAUUGAAAUCCCUCGCCACCUGUGAAUGGGGGCUGAACGGAACAACGACACGCCCGGCCAAUGCUGCCUCUGAGCCAACAGCCCAUGUUACAAUCAGGACAAGAGAGUCAAGCAUGAUGACAAUCGAGAAUUCAAGUUGUGAAUGUGGGCAAACUUCGACCGACCCGAAUACGCGGAGUCGGCGGAGACAGCGAGACGGGGAGACUCGCCGUACGACUUUGCCAAGCCCCCUGCUUUUGACUGAUGGGAUGCUGUACUGUUAUCGUGGCCAACCAUUGGUGCCCUCGGCAGCCAACGACCCUGAGGCCUGAGCGCACUCGAUAGCUCUGCAUUU